AUCGAUUGAUAUAAAAGCUUGAAUGCUUACAAAAAAAUUUAUCAUUUCUUUUGAGUUAGCGACAUUGACUGAUUUGAAAACAAGAAAAAAUGAGUUUCAAAAACAUUAUUGUAACCGGCGCCAAUCGUGGAAUCGGAUUAGAAUUUGUUCGACAAUUGUUGAAACAAAGUAAUUCGCCGAAAAAUUUGAUUGCUACCACUCGAAAACAAUCGCCUGAAUUGGAUAGUCUUAAAUCGACACAUAACAAUCUUCAUAUAUUGAAUUAUGAUGCUACCAAUUAUGAUAGCUAUGAUGACUUUGUCAAACAAGUCGAAUCAAUUGUCAAAAACGAAGGCCUGGAUCUAUUGAUCAACAAUGCUGGAAUGGCUAUCCGAUCAACAUUGGAAACUGUCACUCCAAAAGAUAUUUUAACAAACGUUGAAGUAAACGCCGUUGCUCCGUUGAUGUUGACAAAAGCAUUGUUGCCAUUGUUGAAGGUUUCAGCUGCAGCUGGGCGUAAGACUUUGGUGGCAAACAUUUCUUCAUCAAUGGGCUCAAUCGAUGACAAUGGUUUGGGUGGUCAUUACGCAUAUCGUGCCAGUAAAGUGACUAUGAACAUGUUCACCAAAUCAUUGUCUGUUGACUUGAAAUCGGAUAACAUUAUCGUUAUGACACUUCAUCCUGGCUGGGUCGUUACCGAUUUGGGAGGCCCAAAUGCAUUGAUCAAUACGGAAACUAGUGUUAGUGGUUUGUUGGAUGUAUUCAAUAAAGCCGAUAUGUCAUCCAAUGGAAAAUUUGUCGAUUUUGCGGGUAAAGAACGUAAAUGGUAAUUGUUAAAGUUAAA